AUGCCAACGACACUUCCAAACAACCAAAUCACACAGCUUGAGUCCAGGACCGACGAGAAGCGUGAGGUCACGCAUGCCGAGCUAGUGGCGAAGGAUGAGCGCUUUGCACCCGAGGUUGCGUGGCUCAACUCUCUUUCCGAGGACGAAUAUCGCACCGAAGAGCGCAAGCUUGUCCGCAGGAUGGACAUGCGUCUCCUGCCUGUCCUCUUCGUUCUCCUCAUGCUCAACUACCUUGACCGCAAUGCCCUAGCUUCGGCGCGUGUCCAAGGCAUCGAGAAGGACCUCGGUCUCGUGGGCAACCAGUUCAACGUGGCAAUUUCUAUUCUCUUUGUUGGCUACAUUCUCGGCCAAAUCCCGAGCAACAUGAUCCUCUCGCGCUGCCGCCCUUCGCUCUACCUUUCAGGCUUCGUCGCUCUCUGGGGUGCCGUCAGCGCAUGCACUGCCGCUGCCGAUACAUACGAGCACCUCAUCGUCAUCCGCUUCUUCCUCGGCGUCACCGAGUCGCCAUACUUCCCCGGGUCCCUUUUCCUGCUCUCGAGCUGGUACACUAAGAAGGAGCUUGCGUUCCGCACGUCAAUCCUCUACACGGCCUCUCUGCUCUCUGGCGCGUUCUCUGGCCUUAUUUCCGCUGGUGUUCAGCAGGGCCUGGACGGUGUGCGCGGCCUGGCUUCUUGGCGAUGGCUCUUCAUCCUCGAAGGCGUUGUCACCGUGUUUGCCGCCAUCUGCGCCGCGCUCAUCCUCCCUGAUUACCCCGCUACGACACGCUGGCUCAGUGAGAAAGAGAAGGCACUUGCGAUCCUGCGUCUGGAGCGCGACACGGGCGUGCGUGACGAGGAGACCAUGACCCUCGUCCAGUCUUUCCUCGCCGCCGCCAAGGACUACAAGCUCUGGCUCCUCGCCGUUAUCAUCGUCACCAAGACGACCGCAGGCGCCGUCACACAGUUCAUCCCCACCGUCGUCAACACUUUCGGCAAGAGCAAGGUCCAGACGCUCCUCCUCACCUCGCCCCCCUACCUCUUUACCUGUGUGGUGGCGCUCGUCGUGUCGUACACCUCGGACCGCAAGCCUGAGCGCUGCUUCCACCUCAUGACCCCCAUUGUGUUUGGUAUGGUUGGCUUCGUCAUCGCCGCAGCGACCACCAAGACCGCGCCCCGCUACUUCUCGCUCUUCCUCAUGGUCGGUGGCAUGUUUGGCUCGUACAACGUCGCCCUUGCCUGGAUCUCGUCGACAUUUGCCCGUCCUCGCGCUAAGCGUGCUGCCGCGUACGCUACCAUCAACUCGUUGGGCAACAUCGCCCAGAUCUGGUCGCCUUACCUGUACGACUCAAGGUACUCACCCGCCUACACGCUCGCCUUCAGCGUCAACGCCGUAAUGGCUGGUCUUGCUGUCGUGUUUUGCAUCAUCCUCCGCUUCUGCCUGCAGCGCGAGAACGCUCGCAUGGAUGCCGCAACUGCGCGCGAGGCCGAGGACCGCGAGGCGGGCAUCGAGGUCGGCGCCGUGCACCGCAUCCGGUUUGUGCUGUAA